AACGUUCGGAGGCAAAGUGCUGAAGUGUUGGCCUCGUCGAUGUCGCCGUGGUAAAGGCGGAGUUGCGCCGGAGGACGCCGUGGACUCGGGCUUCUCGUUCAGCUUCUCCUUCCCCUGUUCUAUCUCGUAACAUAGGUUUCAGGCUUUCGAUUCGGGUUCCAGCUAUGGUAACUGCAACACUUGCGCUAUACCCUGCGCCUCCGCCAUCAUCACGACCACAGUUUCGUGUGCGGUGGCGAAGCACAGCAUCAUUAGGAAGUGGUUUUCCGCGACGGAAUUUCGGAGGUAACGGGGGUAGUCUAGUGAGAUUUAGGUCAGGUUCAUGGAGUGGCGCUUGCCGAGCGCAAGUGCCGAAUUCCGAUGACAUUGUGACGUCUCCUCUUGCUUUUGUUGCUGAUCAACCUCAGGUGUUUUACUUUGCUGUCGCCAAUGCUCAGUCUCUUAUGCUAGAGGGACCUCCAUUGGAAUCUGUUCUACAGCAUGGAAUAGAAAGAGCUGAAAGGGCUAAAAGAGCUAGAGAUGUGUGGCUCAUUCUGGAACCUGCAUUCUUAAGCGAACAUCCUGGCUUAAAAACAUUGAACGCGCAGCUCACAAAACCAACAGCCGCCAUUCUAUCAACAAAUGCAGAUUGGAUGCUUUCAUAUGUUAAGAAAAGUCUUCCUAUGGCAGUCAUGGGCAAAUUUACCUCUCCAUCUGAAGCAGUCCCUGAUCCGCUGAAAUCAAAUAUAAGUGGAAAUAAUUCUGUCGUUAGCGGGGGUGGCGUAUGGCACUGAGGUCUAAAUGAGCAACACUGUUAAAGGCGACUGAUGGAGACGCAGGGGCCGCGGUUUCAUACUUUCAAAUCAAUGUGAGUAAACCUGAAGUGAAAGGUGCAGCAUCCUAGAGCCAGGCAGAGCCUUGUGAUAACUCAGUUUUUCAUAUAUCGAGCAUAGGAUUGUGAGGGUGCUUGCUAACUUUCUAACGUUUUCUUAAAAAUUCUCGAGUUUAAACAGCAUGGUGGAGUCGCAUGCUCUUUGUCGAGGGCGUAGAAUUUGAGGCUUUGAGGCUUUGCGGCCAGAGCGGUGUCAUUUUGGUCCGGGACCUCCCUAUCUGAUGUGCAAGGUUAUGACCUCUCUUGACACUGGUAAUAGAUUAAAAGGUGUUUUUUACAUGCUCAA